GGCCGGCGAGGGAAACCGGCAGCUACAGCCCUGUGAUUUCUGCCAAAAUGAACACUUUAGUGCUGGAUAACGGAGCCUACAACGCCAAAAUCGGCUACAGCCAUGAAAAUGUCUCGGUUAUUCCUAAUUGUCAGUUCAGGUCAAAGACAGCACGUCUCAAAACCUUCACUGCUAAUCAGAUUGAUGAGAUAAAAGACCCUUCUGGACUCUUUUACAUCCUCCCUUUUCAGAAGGGUUACUUGGUAAACUGGGAUGUUCAAAGACAAGUUUGGGAUUACCUUUUUGGCAAAGAAAUGUAUCAGGUUGACUUUGUAGAUACUAAUAUUAUCAUCACAGAACCCUAUUUUAACUUCACUUCAAUUCAAGAAUCAAUGAAUGAAAUUCUGUUUGAAGAAUACCAGUUCCAAGCAGUACUAAGAGUAAAUGCGGGUGCUCUCAGUGCACACAGGUAUUUCCGAGAUAAUCCUUCAGAGUUAUGCUGUAUCAUUGUAGAUAGUGGAUAUUCUUUUACACAUAUUGUUCCCUAUUGUAGAAGUAAAAAGAAAAAAGAAGCAAUUAUUCGGAUAAACGUAGGAGGAAAGCUCUUAACGAAUCAUCUCAAAGAGAUCAUCUCUUACAGGCAACUACAUGUUAUGGAUGAAACACACGUGAUGAACCAAGUCAAAGAAGAUGUCUGCUACGUGUCUUCAGAUUUUUAUAGAGACAUGGAUAUUGCAAAGUUGAAAGGAGAAGAAAAUACAGUAAUGAUAGACUAUGUACUCCCUGAUUUCAGUACAAUUAAAAAGGGGUUUUGUAAGCCAAGGGAAGAAAUGGUGCUAAGUGGAAAAUACAAAUCUAGCGAACAGAUUCUUCGUCUAGCCAAUGAGAGAUUUGCUGUUCCAGAAAUACUCUUUAAUCCUUCUGAUAUAGGCAUUCAAGAGAUGGGCAUCCCAGAAGCCAUUGUCUACUCAAUUCAGAACUUACCAGAAGAAAUGCAGCCACACUUUUUUAAGAAUAUUGUUUUGACCGGAGGAAAUUCCCUUUUCCCUGGAUUUAGGGAUCGGGUUUACUCAGAAGUGCGAUGCCUCACGCCAACAGAUUAUGACGUGUCUGUUGUGCUACCAGAAAAGUAAGUAUUGGUUAUAUAGAAACAAAGCGUGGACGUCGUUUGGUGGAUAAAGGUGAUUCGUCCCGCUGCCCUUGAGUCCAUUCUGACACACAGCAACCCUACGCAGGGCUUCUCAGCGUGGAAAUCCUAUGGCAGCAGACAGUCUGACCUUUCUCCUGACAAGCAGUUGAUGGGUUUGAACUGCCAACCUUUCACUUGACAGCCCAAUAUUUGACCCGCAAUUCUACCCUUGCACAAUCUUAAGGUGGUUGGUCUUUAAGCAGACUAUAUGCUGAAGAACAUGGCUUCAGGAUUAGAAGAUGCAUUAACAACCUGUGGGAUGUGCAGCCUUGCUUCCUGAAAGGGAAGAGGACUUGAAGCACUUAACUGCUGAAGGGAGACCACAUGAAA